AUGAACACACUCAGUCACAGACCAGUCACCACUGGACUCGUAGCUUGCUGGUCAGCAAUGUAUCGGUCAUGUGUGGUGAGGGCCAGGAAGAGAACGUGUGUGGAGCCCUGGGUUAUCGGCCUCAUUUCUUUUUUAUCCCUGAUUGCCUUGGCAGUGUGCAUUGGGCUCACUGUUCACUAUGUCAGAUACAAUCACAGGAGAACCUAUAGUUACUACAGCACGUUGCCAUUCACAAGUGACAAGCUAUAUUCUGAGUUUGGAAGAGAGGCUUCUAAAAAUUUCACAGAAAUGAGCCAGAGGAUUGAAACUAUGGUAAAACGUGCAUUUCAUAAAUCUCCACUACGGGGACAACUUGUCAAGGCUCACAUUAUCAAGUUCAGUAAAGAAGAUGAUGGAGUGUUGGCUCACAUGCUGCUGAUUUUUCGAAUUCGCUCUACCGAGGAUCCUGAAACUGUGCAUACAAUUAUUGAAUAUGUUCUGCGUGAAAAGCUGAAGUAUGCUACGGGACCCCCCAAUGUUGAUCCUGAGUCAGUUAAAAUUAAAAAAAUCAACAAGACAGAAUCAGACAACUAUUUCAACCAUUGUUGUGGGACACGACGGAACAAAUCUACAGUACAGACUAGUGUGAGGAUUGUUGGAGGGACACCAGUAGAAGAGGAAGAGUGGCCAUGGCAAAGCAGCCUGCGGUGGGAUGGGUCCCACCGCUGUGGAGCAACUUUGAUCAACAACACAUGGCUUGUGACUGCUGCUCACUGCUUUCGAACACACAAGGACCCAUCCAGAUGGAGUGCUACCUUUGGGGCAACAUUACAACCUCCAAAACUGACGACAGGCAUCCGGAGGAUAAUUGUUCAUGAAAAAUACACAUACCCAUCACAUGACUAUGACAUUGCACUGGCAGAGCUGUCUAAGCCGGUCCCUUGCACAAAUGCAGUGCAUAAGGUUUGUCUCCCUGAUGCAAACCAUGAGUUUCAGCGGGGGCAGAGGAUGUUUGUGACAGGAUUUGGAGCAUUGAAAAAUGAUGGUUUCACCCAGAAUAACCUUCGGCAAGUACAGGUGGACUACAUAGAUACCCAGACCUGCAAUCAGCCUCAAUCUUACAAUGGAGCCAUCACUCCUAGGAUGUUGUGCGCUGGCUUUUUAAAAGGAGAAAAAGAUGCGUGCCAGGGUGACUCCGGAGGUCCACUUGUUACUGCAGAUGUUAGAGAUAUAUGGUACCUUGCUGGAGUAGUGAGCUGGGGAGAUGAAUGUGGCCAACCCAAUAAGCCUGGUGUUUACACUAGAGUGACCGCCUUCCGACACUGGAUUGCUUCCAACACUGGUAUCUAAACCAGAGGGAUGAAAUGGAUGGUUUCAUCUGUUGACUGUUCUUGGAGACACACAAAUGGAAAAGAAGCCUUGCAAACCAGGAGGGCCCAAAACACCACACUGAACAAUCUGAAGUGUAUAUUUCCUUCCCAGCAUUGCUUUUACAGGAGCAUAUUGCUGCUGCCAGGUGAACUCUGCCAUUUAAUUUUCCACAAGUGUUUUGUCACCCAAAUUUCAGCUCAACCAUCUAAAGUAUUCAUGCAUACAUCCAAGGUGAAGCAACCCUUUCCUUCACUCAUCAGCUUCUCUCACAUUAGUUAACUUCUUCUUUUCAAAUGUAAGAUAAGGAAUAAGGAAAAUAUAAAAAGAAAACAACUUACAUUAGUGAUAUCUUAAAAUAGAACCUGGGGGAAUGAUCAUAUUCAGUAUAAAAGACGAUCAAGCAAAUGCAGCAACAGACUGUUCAAAAUUCUAUGUUGGAGAAGUUGAGGAAACAGAGAAACUAACAUAUAACUUAAUUUUUUUCCUAAAUAACUAACAAGAACAACACAAGAGCUACUGCUUCCUAUGGCUACAUAAUAACUCUUUGUAAUGUACUUGUCAUGAACAAACCAAAGCAAAGAUUAUUUAUUUGCAAUUGUCUUGCAGAGGAUGCCAAUAUACAGCCAGUGAUGAAAUACACAAUUCACCUACUUGCUUGACAUCAUAACAUGAAAAUUAAUGAAGGAAUGGAGGGUGUGGUGUACGUUACUAAUCAAUUUACUGUAAAUUCUCUCAAGGUUUGAGGGUAAAUUAAAGGUUUAUUUCAAAAUAAUCACCUCACCCUAUGUGGUAAAAUAAUUGUAUACUUGAAUGGAAUUUAAAAAGACUCAGCCUAAACUAACGACUCUGGUGGGAUUAUCCUUAACCUCUUCCAAACUGCAGAUCUUGACUGGAAUAAGGUUCAGAUAUUGGUGUGUAGUAAUAGUCAUGUGAUUGUAGUUGGUACUUGGACUUUUUCUUUGAAAUGAUGGCAGAUUUGCUUUCUCUGCCAGAACUUUUGGCCUGUGCAUGAGAAGUGGGCAUGGUACAUUCAUCUGUACUGAGAUGUUACUUGAUGGGUCGACAAAAUAGGGAAGGCAUUCUGGAAGCUACAUUAAUGCUGUGCUGAAUAGGUACCCACUUAACACAAUACUGAAGAGAAAGAAACAAUGUGAUCCUGGCCUCCAUUGUGAUCUUACUUUGAUAAAUUAUUGCUGAUCCAUUAGAUAUCCUAUAUCCAAAUGAUCCAGAAUGUAAUGAACUUAGGACUGAUGCUGUGGUCUAUGACAUGUUAAUGGUAAGUUUUCACCAAUGCAUUCAGCAAUCAUCUCAUUGUAUACAGACUCAAAGAGAAUACAUAAUAUAGCAUGUUGUACCAUAGGAUAUUGAAAACCAAGAUUGUCAUGAAAAAUAUUGACUUCUAUGAACUCAAAUCAUAUUCACAUAUCAACUGAUAAUUUGACACUUGUCUAAAAUAAGGUAUAAAAACUGACAUGAAUUGUCAAUAUUUAAUAUUCUGAAUUACUGUUCUAUUUAAUAAACUCUUUGGGGAAAAUUGAGAAAUUAGAAACUUUAAAGGUAUAUAAGACUAUUAAAAUUAGAUUACUUUCAGAGACUUGUUAGAAAGUGAUUUAUGUGGCUGGAGAGAUGCUCAGAGGUUAGGUAUUCAUACAGCUCUUCCAGAGGAACUCACAUUGGACAGUGCUCAACAGAUGUUAACUCCAGCUCUUGGGACAUUCAACACCUUUGGCCUCUAUGGGAACCUUUUCAUAGGACUACACACAGACUACACACCUACAGAGAGUGGGAGAAAUAGACCUCCUUAGAGAAGAAUGUACCAUGUGGCAUCCAACUAUAUCCAUUGGUAUCUAAUACCGACUGGUCCAUCCUUAAAUAAACAUGUAAGUAGUAUUAUACAGGUUGAGCAGGUCGUACUUGUAUAUAUAGAAAAAUAUGUAUCUUAUGUAACAACAAUUAAUUAAAAAGGGACCACAAAUUUGAAAAAGAGCAAGAAGAGACAAAUGGGAAGGCUUGGAGGAAGGAAAGAAAAGAAA